AUUUUUUUAAAUACUGUUCUGGAGAAUUCAAAGCAAAACAAAGAAACUUCCUCCUCUGGGGUUGUCAGUGAGAAAAGGACGAGUUGUGCAACUGGUUUGGGAUUUGCAAAAAGGCAAGAGGGUGGGGAUCAGAAGAAGGUGCAAAGCCACAAAGUACCUUUCUGCAUCUAAGAUGGUGAAGAAAGGAGUGAGGAAGAGAACAAAAUAACUACUGGAAAGUCUCAAACCAGGUUGGGGAGUGUGUGUGCAUGUGGGGGGCUGGGGAAGGGAAAAAGGAAAGAGGAUUAACCACAGCAACCCCCCCACCCAAAAAAAAAAAAAACCCAAAAAACCAAACCAACAACCAACAGCUCUUUUUUCUGAGGGAGGACUCGAAGGAUUAAAAGGCAGCAACUUCUGAGGCGAUUUGUCCCGAGUUAUGGAUGUUGGUGCACUUACUUCAGGCCAGAUCAGAGCUCAGACGAAUCUAACCAGAAGCAGCAACCACCGUCUCUCCACUUGCCUUUUACCAGGUUUUACCCUUCCAGUAUGUUUCAUUUGAUAAGACAUUUUCCAGCGCCCAGAGUUUCAGUACAAUGUGCAAAUGGAUACUGACAAAUGGUGCCUCAGCCUUUUCCCACCUGCCUUGUUGCUGCUUGCUGCUGCUCUUCUUGGUGUCUUCUGUGCCUGUCACCUGCCAUGACCUCGGCCAGGACAUGCUGUCCCCGGAGGCCACCAACUCCUCUUCUUCAUCAUCCUCCUCCUUCCCCUCGUCCUUCUCCUCUCCUUCCAGUGCGGGGAGACACGUGCGGAGCUACAAUCACCUCCAAGGAGACGUGCGCAAGAGGAAGCUCUAUUCUUACAACAAGUACUUUCUCAAGAUCGAGAAGAACGGCAAGGUCAGCGGCACCAAGAAGGAGAACUGCCCGUUCAGCAUAUUGGAGAUAACAUCUGUAGAAAUUGGAGUUGUGGCAGUUAAGUCUAUUAAGAGCAACUACUAUUUAGCCAUGAACAAAAAAGGAAAAGUCUACGGCUCUAAGGAGUUUAAUAGCGAUUGCAAAUUGAAGGAAAGAAUAGAAGAAAAUGGAUAUAACACAUACGCAUCCUUAAAUUGGAAGCACAAUGGAAGGCAAAUGUUUGUGGCCCUGAAUGGGAGGGGAACCACGAAGAGAGGACAGAAAACAAGAAGGAAAAACACUUCAGCUCACUUUCUUCCUAUGGUAGUCAUGUCGUAGAUGAACAAACUUUUUUUGACGCAGUUGAACCAAAGGCUGUUAUGUCAAGAAUAUUUGGUAAUUCUCUUAAAAGGUAGAUGCGGAGAAGUAGCACAGACAUCUGCAUGUUUGAAAUGAGAGCAGGGGAAGCCUUUGAAGGUUUUGUACUUAUUGCUGGCACAUGAAAUACCUUUAUUUAGUUCGUUGUCAUAUCUUAUAAUCAAAAUGAAGCUGGAUCAAAGGGGAUGGAAUUUAUUGCCAGUGUGAACUUUUUUUUUUUUUUAAUCACUGCAACAGACCUUGAUGGACUUAGGACAAUCUGUUGCGUGAUCUUCAUGGGGAAUGCUAUUUAUGGAAUACUAACUCUUAUCAAAGUCCUUAAUUGCUCAUUCAAGCCUAAUGAUUCAAUGAACAGUUAGACACACAAGUAUUUACUGGAAGCACUUGGGUCAUAUGCACAAAUAAUGACAUUUCUGGAGAAGCCUUGUGGACGAAUGGAUAGGAUAAGCAAAGUAGUGUAUAACUGUUCUAACAAAAUGAAUAGUAUGGUUUGCUUGUAUGUCCUAAAUUCAUUUCUCUUUAUUUCUCUCUAAGUUAUUUAUUUAAUAGGAUGUUAAAUAUCUUUUUUAUUUGAAAUGUUUCCUCAUUUGCUUUUUUCUUAUUUUCCCUUUUUCUUAGUACUUCACAGAGAGGUUGAUAGAUUAAAAUGUCAGAACCUCAGAAGUACUCAGAGAAUUAGACAAGGCUUUAAAGGGAAAAUUUAGAGUGUAUACUCCAUUUUUUCAUAAACUGUCUUGCACUUAAGCAUAAGACCAAACAAGCAGUGCUUGGAUUUAUGGUAUUGAGUGUCUUUAUAUUGCAGAAAUUUUUGUACUUAUCAGCACUCAAGAAAAACCUUCAAGAAAUACUUUGUUCAAAGGGUCUUUCUGCUAUUUUGAAGUUGAGAAAAGGAGCCACAUCUGUACUUGGGUGUCAAUGCAUCUGUGUGUAUAUUCACCUGCCUUUAAUUUCAGUUUGGAGCUAGGAUCUAACACACUGCUAUCAGUGUGAUAUUCUGCAGCACACAUUGGGCUGGAACCCUGAUGUGGUCAGCCCUGUUAAAAUCACUGAGACUGUGAGCAUUGAAGUAAAACAGUAGUGUGUAAUUCCUAAGUGUAACAUUUGGCCACUGAAAGGCAAGCAAGAAGGCAACACAGUCCUGCAUACCUUACUCAAUUGAUACUUGUUCAACCCAUUUGCCUUUGGUACCAGCUUGAAGAACCACAGGCAUAUAGUGGGAGUGAUGUCUAGCUAAGGGCUGCGAGACGAAAAUCACCCUCGUGCGAUCCAAAUCAUGCUCAUGCGUUUUUCAGAGAUUAUUACUCGUGUAUAUUAUAUAUGAGAGCCAAAUGAAAAGCUGUGCUGGUUUCCAGCUUUAGCAUGCCUUUCACAACCAUCACAGUAACUGAAGGCUCAAAAUACAUAAUAUCCAGCACAAUUUUAUGAAGUGUUACUCAUCCCAUGGCUUAACUUGAGCAACUGCAGUAUAAUAAAGUUAAGCAUAAUAUGAAGUCUGUUCAAUUAAAGGUACAUAAGGUUUGUUUUAUAUUUUGCUUUACUCAGUAAUUUUAGAGAGCUCUGGAAAGCUCACCAGUGUAACCAUAUUGAGAUUCAUUUUGUUAGAGCAGAUAAAUAGAAAACAGUACAUCAAACAAUUUGUACCACUGUCUUCACAUUGUAUUCCACUAAAUAAAUAAAUAAGCCUUUGCAGUGUCUUUAGUAAGAAACAAAAGUAGUAUAAUAUUAUUUUGUUUUAAAUACUUUACUGAUAACUAUAAGAUUAUAUUGAUGCUGCAGUUUAUCUUCAAUAUUUCUCGUUGUGAAAAAGUUGGUUUUAUUUUUAUUGUUUGGAGACUGUAUUUUGGUACAAAGGAGAGCCUUGCUUAAUGUGUC